AGAUGAGCCGUUCGUACCGGCUACACACGGCCAUUUUCCACUGCCCAACCGCGUUUGUGUGCGUUCGAGUCACUGGGGCCGUGCGAAAGAGUAGGAAAAAGCGUACGCAAACGGUUACGCACAGCGGCAAAAUACACACGCGGCGCCAUUUUACUUGGACGCGGAGGAAACGUCCUGACAGUGUGCGGCACACAGGCGGGCGAGAUUUUCAUUUCUCCGCCCAUCCCGCGUACCAAACCCGUCGGAAAAACUCGACGAGUAAGGGUGAAAACUGUUGGCACGCUAAGGGUGAAAGAGUGAGUGUGUAUGUGCGAGAUAGAGAACGAACGGGAAGAACGGACAGGGUUGGGCAGGGAGAGAAGGUGGAAGGAGGACGACGGAAGUGUAGCGCGUGCAAAAUUUUCACAAUUUUCCACAAAGUUAAAAUAACAUUUUCAUUCUUGCCUUCGUCGGUGCCGGUCACAGUCGUCGUUGAGUCGUGAAAGGAAAGUUGCUAAAAGCUACAUUUUAUCAACGAUUAAAGUGUAAAAGUGAAGUGAUAGAUACAGGAUCAAGAACAAAAGAUACCAAUGUGCAAAGCGCAACUUGAAUGGAUAAAACAACAAAAAUAUCAUCAAUUUUCCACGAAAAGUGCAACCCAUCGCCAAGAAAUUGAGUUGUGAUCUCGCAGAAAACAAAACUGUUUUAAAGUGCAAAAAUCAGUUCAAUUCGUUAAAACGUUAAAGAUACAUUGUACAGUGUUCGAAGCAAUUAUAAACAAAGAUGAAGUGAAUGUAAGCAAUUGUGCACAAAAUUGCUAAAAUCGAAAUACCCAUCUGAAGAAAACAAGUGUCCACAGCAGGAGCAUAAUGCAUCCCGCAAUGGCAUCUCCGCUCGAUCUGCGACCGUCGGGUUUACUGUCAAUCGGUGCUUCACCUUCACAUGCCGCCACCUCCGUGGGCCCUAGUUCUUUAAACGACACUUCCGGUCAAUCACAGCAGCACUACCAUUCCAAUGCCCAACAGUUCCAUCAUCAGGCACAGGGCACAGGUUCCCAUCAAAAUCAGGCUCCUCCGUCGGGGAAUCGAUCCGGCGGAGCAAAUCGCAACCGUUCACGCAGUAGUUCAAGUUCCGAAAAUGGAACGUCCGGUGGACAACAGACCCAACCCAGUACGGACAGCACUGGUAAUGGGACGGAAGAUGGGGCAACGUCGGGUAGUGGAAAAUCCGGUAGCCAUCGAUCGCAAAGUCUUGUGAAGCCUCCCUAUUCGUACAUAGCGCUUAUCACUAUGGCAAUACUACAGUCACCACAGAAGAAGCUGACCCUCAGUGGUAUAUGCGAGUUCAUUAUGACACGGUUUCCGUACUACAAGGAAAAGUUCCCGGCAUGGCAAAACUCCAUCCGACAUAACCUCAGCUUGAACGAUUGCUUCAUCAAAAUUCCCCGCGAACCGGGUAAUCCGGGCAAGGGCAACUUCUGGACGCUAGAUCCUCUCGCGGAGGAUAUGUUCGACAAUGGUAGCUUUCUACGGCGCCGGAAACGCUACAAACGCACAACUCUUGCCCAGAGCAUGGGUUUCCCAGGUGUGUUCGCACCAUUCGCACCGUUCUGGAUACGAAAACCGGUGCCCGUGAUACCGAUGCACCAGUUUGCUCCAGCUCAUGCUGCUGCGUCCGCUUCGGUGGCGGGCUUUGGAGCUGAAGGACCGGGUGGACCUCUGGCAGCAUUGGGACCGAGCCGGACCGGAGAUUUUCUGCUCGACAGCAAGCUUAAUCUCUUUGGUACGGUCAAGAUGGAUGAUCUGAAUGUGGCCAUGAUGGAGAAUAGUGACUUUCUGCAGCGGAACGUCGAUAGUUUGAAGAUCUCAAACGCUAUGAAUAAGUUUUUCCACGGUUAUCAUCAAGGCCAGGCGGGUAGUAGCGGGCCGCUGAUUGAUCUGUACGAAGAUGGACCACAUCCGGCCAGCCUCGGUGUACAUCCGUGCAAUGGUGGACUGGUGGGGCGGGACGCGAUCUCUUAUCCGUACGGAGCACACAAGCUUUCCGCUACACGAAUGUGUGACCCAGAAUCGAACGAACGAAGCGAUCGAAGAGUGGGUGAUUACGCAGAAGAGGAACACAUUUCGGCAGAUCUCGACCUUUCCAGUGACGAUCGGAUCGAUGUCGAAAGUGAGGACGAUUACAAAUCUCCAGCUGAACGUGGUUCGGGGACGCUUAGUUACCACGAGAUGCUCCUAAAUGGCCGCAAGACUAUUCCUGAGGAAGUACCUUCUAACUCCCAUCUGUCGGGAACAUCGGCAUCACCACCGGCAGUGGAGCAUUCGCAUCCAGCACCACCUUCGCCCACGAUCGAACCCUCCGGUGAGUACUCCCCACAUUGUAGUCCCUCAAGGACGGUACGUGAUUCGGACGAUUACUAUAUCGAAGAAGACGAACAAUCGGAUAAAGCUAGCAGCAGUGGAGGUUCGGUAGAAGAAUCGCAGCCAUCUACAAAGGAUCGUCACACACAUUUCUAUACCGAGCUGCAACCUUCGCUGAUGGUUGCCGAACCACUGCGCGGGAUUGUUCCUGCCAGCAAUGGACAUCCAGAAUCGGGCGUUAGUCCCGAGUAUGCCGAAACGACGAAACUGUUCGAUGGAACCGAUCACUCAUUUGCGGGCCGUAAAAGGAAAUACGGCAAUACGAAGGGAUUCAGCAUAGAGAACCUCAUCGGCUGCAGUGUGGAGGAUAGAUGAAUGUAAAAGAUCCAAGCGUAUGGCGCUAGUUACAAAAUCCUAGAAGAAGAUGUUACGGACAUAGCGCCAAGCCAUACCAAAGAAACCCGUUCCCAGUGCUUCAUCCAUGUCUUCGUGUAUAAGUGUGCGUAUGUUUGUGUUUUUUUUUUGUGUAAAUAGUUGAACGGAUCUGAAACUAUCUAGUUGUAGAGGAGAGAGAGAGUAAACUAUUGGAUUGGAUUGGUUCUCGUUUUUAAAACCCAUAGGUAAUUUUUUAGAUCGCCGAAUGUCCUAUCGCAAAACCGCCUAGCCAAG